AUGCUCAUUGUGUGUUUAUAUGUUGAUGAUCUUAUAUUUACUGGAAAUGAUGAUGCCAUGAUGAAAGAAUUCAAGAAAUCAAUGAUGAGUGAAUUUGAAAUGACUGACCUUGGUAUGAUGCAUUACUUCCUUGGCAAAGAAGUAGUGCAAUCAACUUAUGGGAUCUUUAUUUCCCAAAGGAAGUAUGUGCAAGAUAUUUUGGACAGAUUUAAAAUGCAGGACUGUAAUCCUGUAAGCACUCCAACCGAGUUUGGCUUGAAGCUAAACAAAGAUCAUGAUGGAAAGAAAGUGGACAACACAUUUUACAAGCAAAUUGUUGGCAGCUUAAUGUACGUAACAACAACGAGGCCUGACAUAAUGUAUUCUGUGAGCUUAAUAAGCAGAUAUAUGGAGAGUCCAACAGAAAUGCAUUUGUUAGCUGCCAAGAGAAUUCUUCGUUAUUUACAAGGAACUAAAGAUUUUGGGUUGUUCUACAAGAAAGGUAAAAAGUUGGAAUUAUUCGGGUUUUCGGAUAGUGAUUAUGCAGGAGAUCAAGAUGAUAGAAGAAACACAUCUGCAUAUGCUUUCUUGUUGGGGACAGGGGCUGUUUCAUGGUCUUCUAAGAAGCAACAGAUUGUCACUCUGUCAUCCACAGAAGCUGAAUUCAUUGCUGCAACAGCUUGUGCUUGUCAAGCUAUUUGGUUGAGACGGAUUCUUGAAAAGCUAUGGUCAAAACAAGUUGAAGCUACCACAAUUUUUUGUGACAACAACUUAGCAAUCAAACUUUCCAAGAAUCCUGUACUACAUGGUAGAAGUAAACACAUUGAUGUGAAAUAUUAUUUUCUAAGAGAUCUUAGCAAUGAUGGAACAAUUAAAUUGAUUUAUUGUAAGAGUGAAAAUCAGGUUGCAGACAUUUUGACCAAGCCCCUAAAGCCUGCUGCAUUUUUUAAGCUUCGAAGUAUGCUAGGAGUUUGUUCGGUAAUGGAGACAAAAUAA